AGCCUAUACACAGUUACAGUCCAACUGAACGUUUUGUUAUUCUAUGUUUAGAGAAUGAUAUAGAUUGCUGCAGUUUAUGUAUUUUUUAUCUUAAAAAAAAAAAAAAAAAUAAUAUUUUACAUUAUAAUAAUACAAUAUUAUAAAUUAUUAUUACAAUUAUUAUAUACGGAACUCAAGGAUUUUUCAUUAGUAAAAUGUCUGAAAAGAAUCAACUUCUUGCUGAAUCGGAUGAGGACGAUGAAGAUUAUUUACCAGAAGGACAAAGCAGUGCAUCUGAAGAAGAAUCUGAUAAGGAGAGUGAAGUUGAAGAUACGUUUAUUCAGAGUAGUAAAAAAGUUGGAAUUAAAAAACGUUCCAAAAAGUCAAAAGACACAAUGUCUAAACGUUUAAAGAAUCAAGAAACAUCUCUUUCAGAUGAUAAAUUGACUGUCUUUGAAAAUGAAAAGCCUAAUGAUGAUGCAGCACAAAAGAAAAGAGCUGAUUCCUUGUGGGCUGAUUUUUUGAAAGAUUCAGCACCAUCUUCUAAACCAACAUCUAAAAUGACAAAUAAAACGGAAGAAUCUGAUAAAUGUUUAUUAAAAACCAAAAUUGAUAAUAGUGUUGUUACAUCGACUAUUUUUGCUGAUGAAAAAAUUGUUGUAGAAAAUAAGGCAGCACAUUCCACGAAAAGCAAACUUUCUAAUUAUGAAAAUACAACAAAUUUAUCUGCGGUUAUUAAAAACAAGGAUCGAGGGAUUCGAAAGAUUGGUGGUGGUGGUGGUGGUGGUGGCAUAUCCUCUGUCUUGGGUCGCCUUGAGAAAAAGACGAAAAUUAACACGUUAGAAAAGUCUAAAAUGGAUUGGGACAAUUUUAAGAAACAAGAGGACAUAGAAGAAGAAAUAAAUUCUCACAAUAGAGGAAAAGACGGUUAUUUAGAAAAACAAGAUUUUCUCCAGAGAGCCGACUUUCGCCAAUUUGAAAUUGAAAAACAAUUGAGAAAUUCUUCACGACGUAAUAAUAAUCGAUAAUUGUUGUGCAGAUUAUUUUUUUACAUAUAUAAUCGAAUUGAAUAAUGAUGAUAUAACAUAAUACUAAAAAUUAAAUAUAUUUUUAAAAUUAAAAUAUAUCAUUCUGGAUUACUUGAAAGAUGAAAGUUAUUCUUAUUUGAAUAACUCAAUUGAUUAUGUUAAAUUUAUAAUUUGACAAAUGCUACAGUUUAGAAAUACAUGUGCAGUAAGAAAUGAUGGUGUAAACAUUUAAUGAAUUUUUUUUACUUGUAAAUAAAAAAUACAUUUUUUUCAUUAUUAAA